GACUCUUUUGUUCCUCCAGUUCACAGUAUCAGCUGAGAUGGGCACGAGUGGAGCUGGGCAGAGGAUGCACAUUGCUUUGGUUGAUUCACAAAGCUGUGUCUCCAGCACCUAGGCUCUGAGGGCUUCUCAGAUAUACACAGAGCCAUUCAUUGUUUUGCAGGAGAGUGCAUGGUGCUUUUUGCACCAAAAAGAUUUUAGUCUGUCUGCUUUAAACUUCUCUAAAGAGGAAGGUAUUUUGAAAGAAUCUGUAUUUUCCUGGCCCAAGAAAGGGUAGUAAAAGGAGUUGAUUCAGUAAAUUUAAUAAUCACAAAUUCACUGGUUCCUUUCAGAACUUAGGGAUUCUUCCUGCUGUCAGUAUAUGUUUCUGCCAUAGAGGAAAACUUCAGCUGGACAGUGAGAAUUCUAACGUAGGGAUUAAGGGGAAUGGUACAGUUCAGUUUUGUCUCUGACCUAAAGAGUCUAAUGAGCACAAGUUUCUGGAGAGCUUUAUUUUUUGUUUUUAUUUUUUGGCGGUAGUAGGAGUUGAACCCAAAGCUUUUGCACUGAGCAAGUCCUUCAUAAAUUUUUAUUUAGAGGCAAGGUCUCACUAAAGUCACUAAACUGCUCUGACGAGGCUCAAACUUGGAGUCUUUCUACCUUAGCCUCCUAGCAUGCUGGGAUUACAGGCAUGUACCUCCAUGCCUGGCUAACUGUUUAGUCCUGAGUGGACCCAAUGAGCUCUUCUUUUACCGUGGUCCUUCCUGGCCCUGCUGUGGUGCAGAAAGCAAUGCCGAUGAUCCCGCAGAGUGUGCCCGGCUCCUGUCUGGCACAGUAGUACCUACCAGGGCUAAGCCCUCUCUGACUGCUGCUGUUGACAUCAUAGGUCAGGCUCACCUUGUGCUACCCAGCAGAAUGACCACAAUUACUGGGCAGCUGUCAUUUAUAUAUGCUCAGAUCAUCCACAAAUCUCACCCGGGCCAGAUACAUUGAAAGGAUUCUGUCGCAGUGCCAGGGAGGUCUCUGAACAUCUGAAAAACCUUUCUAAUACUUUUCAUUUCUUGUUUAUUUUUUUUUUUUUUUGGUCUUUUUUGUUUUUAUCGGUACCAGGGAUCAAACUCAAACUUGCAAGGCAGGCGCUUAUGCCACUGAGCUAAAUCCCCAGCCCUGUUUCUUAUUUAGAGACAGGGUCUCACUGUGUAGUUCAGGCUGGCCUUGAACUCACUGUUGUAGCUCUGGCUGGCCUCAACCUUGUGGUGAUCCUCCCUUCAGUGUGCUGGGAUUAUAGGUGUGGUAUUUUUUUUUUAAUUUUGAUUUUUUUAGGUUUUAUAUAUGAUUAUGACCGCAAAGGAGCACUUGGCCUUAAUAGCCAUUUCCAGAAGGCGUGGUUGGAAGAGCUGCACCCCUCUGAUGAAGUGGAAAAGUGUGCCUGGCAGUGCCGCUGGCAGGACAGAGGCCCGGGUACCAGAGGCCUGAGUAUGUGUCUCUCCAUCCUGCAGAGCUGACCUUGGCGGGGCUGGGCUAUAUUUACUCUUUUCCAGACUUUGAUUCGUUGGGUGAGAGGAAGGCCUGAAGAGGGCUCAGCAGCCACAGUCGCUCAGCGCCUGGUCUUCCUUUGCCCUCUUGGGCUGUGUUUAAUUUUGUGCUUCCUUGCAAACAUACAAUCACUGUGCUAUCUUUAGCUAUGCUGUGGUGCAGCCUUGCCUCAGGAGAGACAGAACAUGACAGCUGGUUUACAUUUUCCUGGACAAAAUGCACCGCUCAGGUUAAGGUGACAGUGGAUCAGGAGCCAGCCCACCACCCCUUUUGUUGGGGAGCCGAGAGCGUGGAGGCAUGGAGGAGAGGAAGCAUGAGGCUGUGAACCAGGCUCAUGUUCUCUUUGACCGGUUCGUCCAGGCCACCACCUGCAAGGGCACGCUCAAGGCCUUUCAAGAGCUCUGUGACCACCUGGAGCUGAAGCCCAAGGACUACCGCUCCUUCUAUCACAAGCUCAAGUCCAAACUCAACUACUGGAAGGCAAAAGCCCUCUGGGCCAAGUUGGACAAACGGGGCAGCCACAAAGACUACAAGAAGGGAAAGGCGUGCACUAACACCAAGUGUCUCAUCAUUGGAGCUGGGCCCUGCGGUCUCCGAACAGCCAUUGAUUUGUCUUUAUUGGGAGCCAAGGUCGUCGUCAUUGAGAAGCGAGAUGCCUUUUCCCGCAACAAUGUCCUGCAUCUCUGGCCCUUCACCAUACAUGAUCUUCGAGGUCUGGGUGCCAAAAAGUUCUAUGGCAAGUUCUGUGCCGGAGCUAUCGACCAUAUCAGUAUCCGUCAGCUCCAGCUAAUACUUUUGAAAGUAGCCUUGAUCUUGGGCAUCGAAAUCCAUGUCAAUGUGGAAUUCCAAGGACUUGUACAGCCCCCUGAGGACCAAGAAAAUGAACGGAUAGGUUGGCGAGCACUGGUGCAUCCCAAAACUCAUCCUGUGUCUGAGUUCGAAUUUGAAGUGAUCAUCGGUGGAGAUGGCCGUAGGAACACCUUGGAAGGUUUUCGUCGAAAAGAAUUUCGUGGCAAACUAGCCAUUGCCAUUACAGCAAAUUUUAUUAAUCGAAAUACAACUGCCGAAGCCAAAGUGGAGGAGAUCAGUGGCGUGGCCUUUAUAUUCAACCAAAAGUUUUUCCAGGAAUUACGAGAAGCUACAGGUAUUGACUUGGAGAACAUCGUUUACUACAAAGAUGACACACACUAUUUCGUUAUGACAGCCAAAAAGCAGAGUUUACUGGACAAAGGGGUGAUACUGCAUGACUAUGCUGACACCGAGCUCUUGCUGUCCCGGGAGAAUGUGGACCAGGAGGCCCUGCUGAACUACGCCCGGGAGGCAGCAGACUUCUCCACGCAGCAGCAGCUGCCCUCUCUAGACUUUGCCAUCAACCACUACGGGCAGCCCGAUGUGGCCAUGUUUGAUUUCACGUGCAUGUACGCCUCUGAGAAUGCUGCCUUGGUACGGGAGCAGAAUGGGCACCAGUUGCUAGUGGCCCUGGUUGGGGACAGCCUCCUAGAGCCUUUCUGGCCCAUGGGAACAGGAAUAGCCCGGGGCUUCCUAGCUGCUAUGGACUCUGCCUGGAUGGUACGAAGUUGGUCUCUCGGAGCCAGCCCCCUGGAAGUUCUGGCAGAGAGGGAAAGCAUUUACAGGUUGCUGCCUCAGACAACCCCUGAGAAUGUGAGCAAAAAUUUCAGCCAGUACAGCAUCAACCCUGUCACUCGGUAUCCUAAUAUUAACAUCAACUUCCUGCGGCCGAGCCAGGUGCGUCAUUUAUAUGAUACUGGAGAAACAAAAGAUAUUCAUCUGGAAAUGGAGAACCUAGUGAAUUCCCGAACUACCCCGAAAUUGACCCGCAAUGAGUCUGUAGCUCGUUCAAGCAAACUGCUGAGUUGGUGCCAAAGGCAGACGGAUGGUUAUGCGGGAGUAAAUGUGACAGAUCUUACCAUGUCUUGGAAAAGUGGCCUGGCCCUGUGUGCAAUCAUCCACCGAUACCGCCCUGAUCUGAUAGAUUUUGAUUCUUUGGAUGAGCAGAAUGUGGAGAAGAAUAACCAGCUGGCCUUUGAUAUUGCUGAGAAGGAACUGGGCAUUUCUCCCAUCAUGACAGGCAAAGAGAUGGCCUCAGUUGGGGAACCCGACAAGCUGUCCAUGGUGAUGUACCUGACUCAGUUCUACGAGAUGUUUAAGGACUCACUGUCUUCCACCGACACCCUGGAUCUGAAUGCUGAGGAGAAAGCAGUCUUGAUUGCCAGCACCAAGUCCCCCAUUUCCUUCCUUAGCAAGCUCGGGCAGACCAUCUCCCGGAAGCGUUCUCCCAAGGAUAAGAAAGAAAAGGACCUGGAUGGAGCAGGAAAGAGGAGAAAGACUAGUCAGUCAGAAGAGCAGGAAGAGGUUUCCAGGGGCUACAGAGGAGAAAGACCAACACUGGUGAGCACUCUGACAGACAGGAGGAUGGAUGUUGCCAUCGGGAACCAAAACAAAGUGAAGUACAUGGCAACUCAGCUACUGGCCAAAUUUGAAGAGAAUGCACCGGCCCAGUCCACUGGCAUAAGGAGGCAGCCAACACAAGAGCGUGGGGUCAGCCAGCCGUCCUGUCACCUGCCUGAGCAGGGUCGCCUUGCUCACAUCCCCCAGUGGAAACAGCGACGAGGAAAGGACCAUUCUCGGACCUGCCCCAAAAAAGUGAUCACACUGUGUCCUCCCCCUUCUCCACUUCCCUGCCGGGUGCACAGUGGCCAGCAGAGAUACAGGCAUCUUGAUGCUGACACCUGUGGCAAGCAGAGUCCCCACCAUGAGAGGCCAGAGCCUGAACCUCCUCGUCGAUUUUUUGUUGACCAGUGGGAGCUUUCUGUUAGUCUCCGUUCCUCCAAUCGCCCUGCCUCUCCCUCCUCAGACUCCCUCCGACAGAAGUAUAUAAAGAUGUACACUGGCGGAGUGAGCUCAUUGGCUGAGCAGAUAGCCAAUCAGCUGCAAAGGAAAGAGCAGCCCAAAACCCUUCUAGACAAGAAGGAACUGGGCUCCAUGAAGAAGGAGUUCCCGCAGAACCUAGGGGGCAGCGACACCUGCUAUUUCUGCCAGAAGCGGGUGUACGUGAUGGAGAGGCUGAGUGCCGAGGGCAAGUUCUUCCACCGGAGCUGCUUCAAGUGCGAGUACUGUGCCACCACCCUGCGCCUCUCGGCGUACGCCUACGACAUCGAGGACGGUAAAUUCUACUGUAAACCACACUACUGUUACCGGCUCUCUGGCUACGCACAAAGGAAGAGGCCAGCAGUGGCUCCUCUGUCUGGAAAGGAAGCCAAAGGACCCCUGCAGGAUGGCCCUGCUGCAGACGCAAACGGACGGGCCAGCACCGUUGCCAACUCAGCCGAGAGAACUUCAGGUUCCAGCGUGAAUGGCUUGGAGGAGCCCAGCGUCGCCAAGAGGCUGAGGGGCACCCCGGAGAGGAUUGAGCUGGAGAACUACCGGCGGUCCGUGAAGCGGGCGGAGGAGCUGGAGGAGGUGCCUGAGGAGACACAGGCUGAGCACAACCUGAGCAGCGUGCUGGACAAGGGCACCGAGGAGGACGUGGCCAGCAGCAGUUCCGAGUCGGAGAUGGAGGAAGAAGAUGAGGAAGAGGAGGAGGAGGACCAGCUGCCCCCCUCUGACCUGGGCGGUGUUCCUUGGAAGGAGGCUGUACGGAUCCACGCCCUUCUGAAAGGAAGGAGUGAAGAGGAGCUGGAGACCUCCAAAGGCUUUGGACCUGGGGAGGAAGAAGAAGAAGAAUACGAAGAGGAGGAGGAAGAAUACGAGGAGGAGGAAGAGGAGGAGGGAGAGGAAGCAUCUAGUGAAGAAGGGGAGUAUUGCCCCUGGGACAGAGAACUCCUGCAAAGCCAGUGGCUCCAGUACCUCUCAAAGGAAGAAGAAAAGGGUACCCGUAAAGCCGGGAACCACCGGCUACAGCAGAUCAUAAAUCCAGAGGACCCCUUGGCAAUCCAGGCUGAUGUGCACUGGACGCACAUUCGUGAGAAAGAGGAGGAGGAGAGGAUGGUCCCAACCUCCGAGUCCUCCACUUCUAGAGUGCCUGGCCUCCCCUCCAUACGCCGUGCAGCAGUGCAGGCCUGGCUGGAGACGGUCUCUGGAGUCCCAUUGGAUGAGGACGACCUGGAGGACGAUGAGGACUCAGAACCAGCCGAAAUUGAAGGGGAGGCAGCAGAGGAUGGAGACCCAGGGGACACUGGUGCUGAACUGGAUGACGAUCAGCACUGGUCUGACGACAUCCCCUCAGAAGCCGACACAGAGCUUCCGUUACGGAGCCAGGCUAAGGUGGAGGAGGAGCUGAGGGUGUCAGAAACCGAGGAGGAGGAGGAGGAGCCACCUGCUGUACCAAAGCAGCAAGAGACAGGUCCCUCCCAGGCCUCCAGCCCCAUCCGGUCUCCUCAGGAGCAAGCCGUUCUCUUCACCCCAGCCCACAGCCCUGUGACGGAGGGCCCCCAAAUCCCGCUUGCCUCUGUCACCACCAAGGUAAAAUCCCCUGAGGAGCAUCUCUUCCCUGAACCUCUGCUCCCCCAGGAGAGGUCCAAAGCUGAACCUCCUGUGGAUCAGAAAGCUGCACACACUCCCAUCAGAUCACAGCCCGCGGCUCUGCCGGAGGCCAGGACGCCUACCUCACCAGUCAGCUCACGGCUUGUGCUACCUGUGUCCCCCACUGCAACCCCCUCUGCUCAGCUCCCCAUUUGCUCCCAGCCUCAGCCUUCCUCUGAGGCCACCAUCCCGUCCCCCACAGAGUCCCCCAUUCGCUUCCAACCCAUUCCAGCAAAAACAUCCACCCCCCUGGCUCCUCUCCCCCUGAAGAGCCCAGGGGACCCCAGGGACAGGCUCGGCGGCCCCCUCGUAGUGGAGGAGGCCCUGAAGCGCAGCGACCUGGUGGAGGAGUUCUGGAUGAAGAGCGCUGAGAUCCGCCGCAGCCUGGGUCUCACGCCUGUGCAGCGGCACAAGGGGCCGGAGCCCAGCUUCCCCUUGCCAGCCGUCAGGCCCUUAUCCCUGAAAUCCUACUCGGUUGAGAAGUCCCCUCAGGAUGAGGGGCUCUGCCUUCUGAAACCUCCACCCGUUCCCAAAAGGCUGGGCCUGCCAAAAUCAGACGGUGAGCAGCCCUCCCUGCCAACUCCCAAGUCACCGCCUGACCGAGAACUGAGAAGCUCCCAAGAGGAGCGCAGGGACCUGUCCAGCAGCUCUGGCUUGGGCCUCCACGGCAGCUCCUCCAACAUGAAGACCUUGGGAAGCCAGAGCUUCAAUACCUCCGACUCCACCAUGCUCACUCCACCCUCCAGCCCACCCCCUCCACCACCCCCUGACGAGGAGCCCGCCACCCUGCAAAGGAAGCCUGAGCACAGGGAGGCUGAUCCCAAGGCCUCUAUCAUCCCUCCUCCCCCACCUGUGUUCAUGCGGCCCCCUCGAGAGCCUGCCCAGCCCCCCAGGGAGGAGGUUCGCAAGUCGUUCGUGGAGAGUGUAGAUGAGAUCCCCUUUGCUGAUGACGUGGAGGACACGUAUGAUGACAAGACCGAGGACUCGAGUCUGCAGGAGAAGUUCUUCACACCCCCCUCCUGCUGGUCCCACCCAGAGAGGCCCCCCCAGGCACCCCCAGCCAAGGAGAAUGGGAGGCUGCCUGCUCUGGAGGGCAACAUGCAGCUGCAGAAACGAGGGCUCCCCUGGGUCUCCCCAGAAGCCAAGGAGCUGGCCGAGGAGCGCAUGCGAGCCCGGGAGAAGUCUGUGAAGAGCCAGGCACUGAGAGAUGCCAUGGCCAAGCAGCUAAGCCAGAUGCAGGAGAUGGAGAUGGCUGCUGGGGCUUCCAGGUCCCACAGGGUGUCCUCAGUGGCCUCCCAGGGCAAAGAACUCAGGUCUGAGUCUGCCAGACAGCUGGGUCUCAGAGGCUCUGACGAGCCCACCUUGAAGCAUGAAGCCACCAGUGAGGAGGUCCUGUCGCCUCCCUCAGACUCAGGGGGCCCAGAUGGUUCUGUCACCUCAUCGGAGGGCUCCAGUGGAAAGAGCAAAAAGAGGUCAUCCCUCUUCUCUCCCCGAAGAAACAAAAAAGAGAAGAAGUCCAAAGGGGAGGGCCGACCUCCAGAGAAACCCAGCCCUAGCCUCCUGGAGGAGGUGGCUGCCAAGCCCAAGUCCUUAUGGAAGUCUGUCUUCUCUGGGUACAAGAAGGACAAAAAGAAGAAGGGCGAGGAGAAGUCUUGCUCCAGCACCCCAUCCAGCGGUACCACGGUGGACUCCGGCAGGCACAGGAUGUCCCCUAUCGUGAGAGCAGAGCUGCAGCUCCGGCGCCAGCUGAGUUUCUCAGAGGACUCAGACCUCUCCAGUGAUGACAUCCUCGAGAGAACCUCCCAGAAGUCCAAGCGAGAGUCGAUUUAUGUACCACACGCCUUGGCAUUCAGGAGACCCCAUUCAUCAAAGCCAAGAACCUACACAGAGGAGGAGCUGAGUGCCAAGCUGACCCGGCGAGUGCAGAAGGCGGCUCGGAGGCAGGCCAAGCAAGAGGAGCUCAAGCGGCUGCACCGAGCCCAGAUCAUCCAACGGCAGCUGGAGCAGGUAGAGGAAAGGCAGAGGCAGCUGGAGGAGAGAGGGGUUGCGGUGGAGAAGGCGCUCCGGGGAGAAGCAGUUGAGCCCAGUGGCGGGACUCCACGGCGUAGACCUCUCUCCUUCUGCCCUUGCUGUGUCCAGGAAGGCAUGGGCAAGAAGGAUGACCCCAAGCUGAUGCAGGAGUGGUUCAAGCUGGUGCAAGAGAAAAAUGCUAUGGUGCGCUACGAGUCAGAGCUGAUGAUUUUUGCCCGGGAGCUGGAGCUGGAGGACCGGCAGAGCCGACUGCAGCAGGAGCUGCGAGAGCGCAUGGCCGUGGAAGAUCACCUAAAGACGGAGGGGGAGCUGUCAGAGGAGAAGAAGAUCCUGAAUGAGAUGUUGGAGGUGGUAGAGCAGAGAGACUCCCUCGUUGCCCUGCUGGAGGAGCAGCGGCUUCGGGAAAAAGAGGAGGACAAGGACCUGGAAGCCGCCAUGCUGUCAAAGGGCUUCAGCCUGAACUGGUCCUAAGCUCCUGCAGGUACACUGGCCUGUGUGUUGGCGUCCGCCUGCCAGCCUCUCCCAAGCCCCUGGAGCCAGCAUCCGAGGAGAUUGGCACUACCUGGGAGCCCACAUUCAGGGUCAUGUUCUCCUGUGCUGUGGGAAAGCCCAGCUACAGUGAUGACCUGAGGAGACGCCGCCUCCUGGAAAGAGGCCCACCAGGAAUUUGUGCAUGAGAGGAGGAAACUGCACCAUCCUAAGGGUGCUGCCUGGUGCACCUUCCUUUUGCUGGCAUGUUUGGUAAGGAAGGAGACUGCUCCCUCUCUUCAAAGUCACCACAGCCACGGAGAAUACUCUGCGGAGCAGUGCAGCCGUUGUCUUCACACUUCCUGAAGCACCACCAAAGAAAGGAAAAGACACCACGCAAAAGCAAGUCAUAGAGACGUACAGGAGGGCCGGCCGGCCAGGCCAGUGCGCAAGCUAGCAUCGCAGGGGAAGCUGAGGGGUGGCAGACUCCGCAUUCAUUAUGCAAGUUAGGAGGAUGCAGGAGCGGUCAUCCCCAGCCCCUACCGAACAUCGAACAUCGGCCCUCAGAGGCCAAAGCUGCAGACCUCUGCUCUCACUGGCCGCAGCCUGAGGCCUGUGGAUUGCUGCGUUCUGCUUUCAGUUCACAAGCAUUCUGACACUGGAAAGUGCUGACUUGGAGGGCUGUGGGGGCCUACAGCACAGGCCUCCUGCUGACAGGCAGGCAUGUCUUUGUUCAGCACUGCCCGUGGGCAGGAGGCUACUUAUCUUCUGCCUGCGGGUUCUUCCUGCAUUUGCACAUUGAAAAGAAGCUGACAACUUGGCAAGAUGCUCAGCCACUUCGGACCCUUUUUGUCAAUUAACUUAUUUUUUUAAUACUUGAAAAGAAGCAACGUCAUUUUUAUAUCCUUCCUAGAGACACUGAUCACCUGGCACCUGCGUGUAGGAGUGACAGAGAGGCCUCUGAGACAUCCUGCACCCUGUCUGAUUCGAGACUGAAUGCUUGUUACAUGCAUCUAUUUAUUAGCUUCUUGGUAGUGUUACUGACCUGGUUGGCAUCAGGGAGGAGCUCGAGACCCUCUGGACCCUUGUUCACAGCUUUUCUGUCCCCUCUAGUAACUGUCACCUACCCUACCCACCCACCAGCCUGCCCUCAUUUGUCUGUCGAAGAUGCAUCUCAGCACCACUGCGGGAAGCUAAGAGGCAGAGAUCCCUCUCCAUAGGGAUAUUUCUAUUGGUUUUGGUGCCAGAGUGUCCCCUCGCUUUGCAGGUGUGUUAAAGCUUGGGCAUAAACCCCCUUGGGCUGGCGAGACCAUGUAGGGUGGGACUGGCCUACGGGCCAGCCAAACUGGAGCACAGGCAUUGGGAUUUAGGCUGCUCCAGGCAAACGGGCUACUCCAGCCCUCUCUUCCUUUGCAUACUAGGAUCUCCUGAGGCAGCAAGGGCUAAUCAGCACCGUGUAACAGCUCCACAUGCCAAAUUGUUCAUUCUCAUAGUUCAGCCAGAGACAAGCGAGCUGUGCACAGCCCAUUCAAGCCACUGACUGAGAAAACUGGGUGGUAAGUGCUUGCCUGUCACAAGAAUCAGCACACCGUCAGCCCAGGGGGUCAGUGCCAGGCCCAUCCAGGAGAAGGCACUGAGGCCACUCCUGGUGGGAUGGGACAGGGGGCCAUGCUGGCCUUGGACUUCCUGUGGAACCACACUGUGCCUCAACGUGAACAUACGUCUGACUACAAAGGAGCAAAGAACCUGUCUUUUCUGCACUCUGUCUAGAAGCUGCCGUCUGUCCUUGGGAACCUAGAUGUGCCACUGCAGCCAUCGCAGCUCUGACUUCCUCGUGUCCUGUUUUCCAGUGAGGCAGUCUCCAUAUUUAUUCUUUUUUCCUAAAGGCAGGAAGGAGAGUGUUCUCAUCCCAUCUUCAAACCCCAUUUCCCAGUAAACAUCCACUGGAGACAGGACCUUCGUUGCCUGUGUGGCCUUUUCCCUUCCUCCAUCCCCAGUCUUCAAACCCUGCAGAGUUGCCUCCAUCCCCUUUGUUCCACUAACUCCAGAACAAGAAAGCAGUUUUGAGAGUGACCACAGCCUUAGGGCUGUGCCUCACGUGGCCUCACAGAGCCUCCUGCUGCUGCCCGGUCCUUGUCAGCCUUGAUACCACUCAGCUUUCCAAAGCACACACUGCUGCCUGCAGUCACUUUCAAGGGGGCCAAAGAAUGCUGAGAGGCCUCUCGAAUCCACCAGCCAGCCAGAGGUCCCCCAGCAGUGUUAGGGCAUCAGUUCUCAGCACUUUCUAAAGCUCGCAGUUUGUAACCACUACGAUUUCGUGCCCUGGGGGCUUGCUGCAUGAAGUGUUUUCCAUCUCUGGAAAAGCGUGCAGCUCCUGCCAGCUUUUCUGCCCAAGAAGUAAGCUUUGCCCUGAAGGCAGGGAAGCAGAGUCCAUUGGAGUGACCCUAAACACAAGGCUGAGUGCAGUGGCACCUGUUAGGGACAGACAGAAGCCGUUUCCAUGCCCCAGCCUGAGGCCAACCAGCAGCUCCACAUGAGAUUCUAACCCUGCUCAAUCGCUAUCUUUGGCCUUUGUCCCCAGCUGCCUCCGCAAGCUGAUUUUGACCAGCAGUGAAAGGAGAGUUUGAUAAAAAGUUUAGGGCCUGGUAGCAAAGCUCAGUGAUAGAGUGUGUGCUUAGCAUGUGCGAGGCUCUGGGUUCCAUCCCAACUCUGAGGAAAAAAAAAAAGUGAUAUCAUCUGGACUUCUGACCCACAAAGGAUAAUGAUACGUUUUAUGCACAAUAAAAUUUUUAAAAGAAA